AUGGCAGCACCAAGUGGCAAAACUGGCAACGGAACCGCGGCCCCUGCGCCUUUCAAAAGUCGCCUGGCCGCGCGCCCCGCUGCCUCCGUGGGGCUCCCUGCUCGCCCGCGCGCCAGCUCGUCCAGUUCCCUCUUUGUCCCCCCGGCCUGUCCCCGAAGGGUGAAGGAGCCUAGCUGCGGCAGCUCAGGGAGGGCGCCUCGGGCCGCCCCGGAGCCUCGCCGGAGGGCUGCUCGGCCCGAGCCAGGGGCACCUCCCCUUUGGGCUCCUGCUGGGGCUCCGCAGCCCAGACACAGGUCCGGGAGAGGCCGCAAGGCAGCUCCACUGACACCCCCUCAGCGCCCCCAAAGGGAAGCCCAGCUCUACGCCCACUCCCCUUUCCCUGUAAUGGCUCAGAGGAAUCGAAAACCGAAGAAGAAGCUGAAAUGCUGCCCGUGCCUCUCCUCCCCCGGGCCAGAUGAGGAUGGGGCUGGAGAGAAGUGCAUUCCUUCAGAAUCAGAUGAAGAAGCAAAACUUCUUGGCCACUUCGAAAACUCUGAUGACAACAAGGAAAAUUUCAGUACCGUUUAUUAUCAAAUAAAAGAAAAAGCUAGAAAACACAAGAAAGAAUGGAAGACUCCCAUGAACAGUCAGAAUAUACAACUGUGUAAAGACAGAGAAGACACAAUAGGUUUAGAGAACUAUAGUCUGUCAAAGAAUGCUUCAGACAUUUCCAGUGCUUCAGCUUUUAAGAAAAAUAAAAAUUCUAAAAGCAAAAAUCUUGGCAAUGAUAUAAAAAGUGGUCUGGAGUAUAUCAAACCAACCAAAAAUGAUGGUUGUCAGAACCAAGCUUUUUCUCUUUCAUCUCUGUCUUUGUCUGUUAUGGAAAAGAAAGCAAAGGAGAAAAAAGCACUUUGGAAAAGCAAUAGUCAAGACCAGCUGCCAGACAGAAAUUUCAAAAGAGUUUGUAAAUGCCCCAGACUACCAAAGAGGAAUAAAAACAAGGCUAAAGCACUCUGUCAGCACUUACAUGCCUUCCCGUCACAGCAUCCUUACUUAAAUGAGAGCGAUGAUGAACAGGUAGCCAGCAUUUCUAGAGACAAUGAUGAUGGUAAAGACUUGUGUAAAUGUAAAGUUAUUAAUUCUGCGUUAUGCUAUUUUGAAGAUGGCAUCCUAACUGGUUUCAAGAAGCGUAGGAAACCACAUAAGGGAAUCUCUGUCAGGCAGGCAACAGGAGUUAAAACCCCUGAAACAAACAGGUGCCAAAAUAGUCUCCAGCCUCUUUUGUCAUCUAGUCCUAUAGCUCAGGAACUUAAAACUUACAAUUCAGAGGAGGAAUUCUAUACAGGAAGCCUGACAGAGAAUAGGGAUUCUGCAAUGGUGAAGUCAAGUACUGAAGAAAUAUGCAGCAGUUUUGAUCAUAGCCAAGAUAUUUUUUUAACUCAGAGGUCUUUAUUAUCAAGGCAUGUUUCCGAUAGCCCCAGCAGUUCUUUGUCCUCACCUGCUCCUAAACGGGCCAAGAAUGGAAGUAGGGAACUAAAUGAUAAACCCACUCAUUCUCUAAAUAAUUUGCUACAGUUGUCUUCAAAUGGAGAAACUCUUUUGAAUGGAGCAACAUUUCUAGAGAAUAACAAGCUUUCUCAGGAUAAUUUAAAAUGCUUUGAGAAAAUCAGAAAAUACUCAGGUACAAAAGAGAAGGCCAGUCAGACAGAAGAUUUCUUUGGUUCCUCAGUAUUAGCUACCUCUUUACUCUUCAGAAGAGAAGUAGAUUUGUGUGAAAAGCCCCUGGACUUGACUUUGCCUGGAAGAAGCAGGUCUUGGGUUAACAGUGCUGAGAAUGUUUCCUGUACCGUUUUGGCUGCUGGUGAUGGAGUACACGCAAUUCCCCAAAAUCAUUCUGAGACUGUAUGUCCUACGGAAGAUCAGACAAUAGGUUCAGGGCUAGCAACUUUUAUUCUUAGUGAUGAUGGAAGAGAAGUGUGCUUAUAAUCAGCUGAGAAAACCAGAUGAGAUAAAAUACUUUCAGACAAAGCUUAAUUCAUCCUUUUUCUUUAAAACGAAAGGUGAACCAGAUACCAACAUUCCUAAGGAGGCUUUAGUAAAAUUAAAGAACCAAGCAAAAAAAAUAUUCUAUCUAGAAAUUGAACAGAGAUAGCAGACGCAUAGUUCUAAAACAUAGUUACAUAAUUUUCAUGUUCCAGUAAAAUAUUUUGUAUUCAAGAAAGAUGGAAUUUUUCUCAUUUAAUUGUAAGUGUAUAUUCUUCAUAGGUUUAAGAAAAUAGACUGGGGAGUUGGCAACUUAACUUCUUUGUGAGGUUAAAAUGAAAAUUUCAACCAAUGUAGAUAUUUAAAACACAGGGGGAGCCAAAGGCUUCUCUACUGUUGACUUAGAGGGUACCAUCUUAACAUUAAUCCUUUAUCUUUCCAAGAAGUAAAAGUGAUAAUGCUUAUUAUGGCUAUCUCUACAAUACACUAAAAAUGUGAAAAGUGGAAAAAUUAAAUCAGCUACCCAGUGUGGGCAAAACAUUACAAAGACUUCGAGAUCUUUUGGCAACAGGUAAACAACCUGUAUAUAGGUUUGCUUGCCACAAGCCAUAUAUCAUUAAGCCAGGCUUUUGCACGAGUAAUCUCAGAGCACUGAGCUGCAGACAUUAAUUUUCAGUAUCAAAAGCAGUGGGAGAAAAAAAAUCUUUCCCUAAAUUUUCACCUGUGCAUUUAAGCGGGAGGGGUGUCAUUUCUAGAAGAAUGGUCAUUUAUGUAAGGCUAGCGGUCAGCCUGCUCAAUUUUCUUUAUUGUCCACAAUUUAAGAUGUUUAAGUGGUACUCUCUAGGCAUUUAGGAUGUCUAUAGCUUCCAUAUCAUAUUUUCUAACUAGUAGAUAUAAUAGUUAUUGUAAGGAUAUAUUGAGUAAGGAAAAUGUUGGAGGUGAUAUGAUUGUGUUUAUUUUAUAACGGAGUGCUGUUUGGGGGGGGGUCUAAAAUAAUUUUAUAUUGUAUUGUGCUUUCAAAUAUUUCCUUUUUUUCUGAAUUUUCAGCCAUGAGCAUUAGAAACAAUUUGAGGUUUUCUCCAUUAUUCCUUUUCUAAGAUAAAAAUGGCUAAUUAAUUUCAAUACCCCAAUUUUUUUUUUAGUAUGUAUGACCUGUCUGACAUGCGUAUGUGUGUCUCUAAGUGUAGUUAGUAAUUUCUUCAUUGCAUUUCACCAAGUGUUAAAAAGCUGGCUCCAAAGAAUUAGUGAUAGCUUUAGUUGACAUUAGAUUUGGAGAGAAAACUUGUGAAACAAAGUUAUAAAUGGUUUCUUGUUCUUUGACUUUAUGUUGAAAUAAAAAUCCUUUGUGCACCUG